GGUACGACCCUACACUCCCGGCAAGUGACACAAAACAACAUGGAUCCUUGUACAAUAAGCAUGUAAUCAAUCUACCGGUUACGACCCCAAAUAAACUGAACAUGUUGUUAACAACCACGCGGGUUGGAUCGAGCGGGGGAAAUGGAGAAAUAGUACCAAGAAAGCCCGCUCUGAGCAAAGCAAGGGAUCGAAAGACGCCCUCUCACCCCAUCGAGCUACCUGCAGUGCGCCAUGGCAUCAUCGUCAUCGUCAUCAACUUCAUUAUCAUCUAUAUCAAACCCAACCCACUCGAUCAAGAGAAUGAAUCCAGCGACAGCUAGCACUUCCUGUAGAACCGGCGUAGCACUACCUACCUACCUACCUACCUAGUCAACAGUAGUAG